GAAGAGGGAGGAGGAAGGAGGCAGCGUAGUGUAAGGAGGGAAUAGUGUCAGUGGGAUGGUCCGGAAAUCCCGUGAUAAAAAGAGGGAGUAGAGAAAGUAAGGAGCUGGCGGCUUGUCCUUCCUCCGUUGCUGCCUCAUCGUGCCAGGACCCUGUUCAAAGGAAGAUAACUUCUCGCGCCUGCUCCUGCCUAUGCCCUUCAAGCGACGCCUUUUAACUCCCGAGGAACACAUGGACCCGGCUAGGAACGGGAGGCUGAUCUGCUAGGAAAGCCGGGAAAGGACCUUGUCUCCUUAUCUCAAGGAGGGGAGAGAGAACGGCAGGAACCCAGACGCUGCAAAGAAGCUGCAGGCUGCAACUCAAGACCUUGUCUCCAUCUGAAUUGCAUGUGAGAACUGCUCUGGUGGGAAGGAAUCUAAAGCCAUCACCAUGGAAUUUGUAAUGAAGCAAGCCUUAGGAGGGGCUACCAAAGACAUGGGGAAGAUGCUGGGUGGAGAAGAAGAGAAGGAUCCCGAUGCUGCCAAGAAGGAAGAAGAACGACAGGAAGCCCUUCGGCAGCAGGAAGAAGAGAGGAAAGCUAAAUAUGCCAAGAUGGAGGCUGAAAGGGAAAAUGUGAGGCAAGGGAUUCGGGAUAAGUACGGAAUAAAGAAGAAGGAAGAAAGGGAAGCAGAAGCCCAGGCUGCUCUGGAAGCCAAUGCCGAAGGGAGUCUGACACGUCCAAAGAAGGCCAUCCCCCCUGGCUGUGGCGACGAGGACGAGGAAGAAGAGGAGAGCAUUCUAGACACCGUUAUCAAAUACCUGCCUGGUCCCCUCCAGGACAUGUUCAAGAAGUAAAUGGCUACAGACUGCCAGUCUGUCCGUGGACAGUAAAGGAAAUGGAUUUCCCAUUGGCCAAAUGGGGAAUUUAUACUUGCCACACAUCACGCAACCUCUCCCCACCCACAGCUCCAGCCCCUUGCCAUUUACUCAAGCCCCACCCCGACCCACACCCUCCUCCCUCUCCCAUCCAUCCCUUAAUUUGUACAUAUUCACAUCUAGUCGAUGCCUCCAAGUGGAUGUAAAGAUGAAUGAGCUGCAGUCUACACAACUUUUUAUUAUUAUAAAGCCAUAGUUCUGCGUAUGUUAAACAGAGGCAGGUGUACAUUAAGCAGAGGAAAGGGACUACGGCAUGCUCGUUUUUGUCUCCCAGCAAGAGGGAGGGUUCACCCACAGUGAAUGAUACGUGGCGUGCACACACACACACACACACACACACACACACACACACACCUCAUUUACUGAAUUUGUAACUAACAGAGAAUCAAGGCACCCAUUAGGAUGCCUUUUUAUAGGUCCAAGUUGAAAGUACUCACUGUUUUUGGAUAGUAUAAAAAAAGAACCACCUUCCUCUUUUGGGUGAUGGGGGCGGGGCAAUGCCUGUGAAAUUCUUCUCCUGUCCAGUAACAUUGCCCACCCUCCUUCUCUCUUCCAACUGACUUGGUUUGCCCUCAGCGACGUCACCCCAUAGACAAAACCGAUCCGCUGCAUAAUGUAGUAAUAUUGCCAUGUUCCCUGUGAGAUGCUUGAUUGGCUGGGAUCACUUACAUGAUUAAUCUAAGCAACAUUCCUCUCUUAGAUUUGUCCUCAGCGAUGCCACCAAAAUGCCAAGUGUGAUUGGCUACAUAGCAAUAGGGCAUUGUCCCAGUGACCAGCCUGACUAACCCCAGAAGGCAAUAGAGGCAGGUGGAAGUGGCAGAUAAGCAGAGCAGCUAAGGGAACAAUGGCCAGUGUCAAAACAAAUGAGGGCCGUGAAUAUAUUCACAACCGCUGCUUUGGAACAAAUAUUUCAGCCUCCAAAAAUCACUACUUUUGGCCCCAAAAUGGAAAUGGGAGGAUAUUCGGCAAAGCCCUGCCCUUGUAGGGUGUCUCCAGCCCAGCUGAAAUGGAAA